AAAUGGCGAACUCGCUGCAGCCCGGCGUUGGCGGCGCGACCGAUUCGAGAUCCUCCAAACCGGACACCGAGAGCGAGUUCCUGACCCAGGUGGGCGCCGGUGCUGUACUGAGAGGCGCUCUCCUGAAGCUUUUAGAAAUCAGGUCCGAGGACCCCAUCGGUUUCCUGGCGGAGCAUUUUCAAAACCUGGCCCAGAGUUUGGAAAACGGCGAUUCGGGAUGCGCAGUGGAAGGAGGCAACAAGAAGCAGCACCAGCAAGCACUGCAGGAGUUCGAGGAGCAAAAGCAACACAGCAGAGCACUGUGGCACCUUACACAGGCACACCACUCGCAGAGAUCUGCGUUCAACAACAACGUGGCCGUGGCGUUCUCGCUGCUCUCGCGGGACGACAGGAAGAGGAAGCCGGGGCUGAAGGGCAGGGUGUACACGGAGCUGCUGCGGCGCGUCUGCAGGGACAGGGGCGUGGCCGAGCCCGUCUCCGCCCCCCUGAUCAAGAAGCUCCGCUGCCAGGACCACGAGGCCGUGCCCUUCGACCUCUUCCGCCACGGCGUGCUUGCCUGCUUCGUGUUCGCGGACUUCGUGCGGAAAUCCCGCUCGCUGUUCGAGACCGUGUCCCAGUCCGACAGGAGCCUGUGCCGGGCUGUGCUGGGCUCCCUGCGGGACGCCCUGGAGACGACGGGCUGCUCCCACCCGGCCAGGUACCUGGAGGCCAGCGCCAAGCUGACCCCCGGCAGGCUAGCCCAGGCCAUGGACCGAGCGCAGACCCUGGCCAGCGGCACGCCCAGCACGCUCAUGAGCCAGGAGGAGUUCAUUGAGGAGGCCUCGGCUCUGAUCAUCAGCAGGGUGAAGCUGGUCUCCUGAAUCCCUGCUAAGGUGCUGGAAGAUCACAGAAUGAGUCCAGCAACCCAGAGAGGGAAACCCCCAUUGCGUAGCAGUGUGAGGAUCCAUUCCUGGUUUUUAACACGGCGCACAUGAGUUUGUUAUCUCUACACUGUGGCUAAUUAAAACCUGGAAUGGGUGUGAAGCUGCUCUGCAAUAGGAGUCUUAUUUCCAUCCCUAUAGCAAUCUGUUUUUUCAUGUCCGUUAUCUUUUGCCUGGGUCCCAGAUGUGCAGUUUUGAAAGAAACACAUGUUACAGCAAAGAUUUAAACUUGCACUUCAGCGUUUGGAAGCCUUUUAAAUUAUAUAAUGUUUUGUUUUUUUAUGGUUGUUAUUUAUUAAACAUUUUUGUAUUAUUUUGCUGAUGUAAAUAUAAGUCAACUAUAUUUAGACAAGUUUAAAACAAUGAUGUGAAUAAAUCAGCGCUGUACGAUUCUGCACGUCACGGUGCGAACCAGACAACUAAUAAAACCGAAAGUCUCAGCCUCUGUCCUAUCUUUAAAAGAAUAUUGCAUCAGCCUGCUCCCUAACAAACUCCUCGGAAGGGCUGAUGUUGCAACAAAAAAAAAAAGAAGCGAGAGAAGACUUCUAGAACACCUUCCGAGAUGAGGUCGCCAUGCAGGAAAGGGCUGAGACAAAAAGAAAAACAAGUAAUGCUGUGAUACACCCCCAACCCCCUUCUUGCAGAGAAGAGAGCAGCGGUUUCACUGAGUCAUGGAGAGGCGCCCCUACACUAUCUGGAAGUAUAGGUCAGAGACAGGGACGGUGAGGCAGGCACGGUGUAGAGAAUGCUAACUGUUCACGUCGAAAAAAAGGAGAGCAAAUAAAUGACAACAAUAGAACACUUCACAGCCCCAAACCCCAAACCCCAAACCCCAAACCCAGGCUGCGUGACCUAAAACAUUUACAAAAAAUACAAACUUGAAAAGAACCUGUGCGAAAUCUACGAUGGAAUAAAAGAAAAAAAAAAAGUGCACGUGUGAGUUAUCAUUUGGAAAACACAUAAUUUAAAAGCGAGUUAGCCUCUGUCUCAUCGGUGUGCAACCCCGAAACCUCGUUUACACCCCGCGACUCGCAAUCGUCGUGCCUGCUGCCACUCUGCAACGACGCAGCAAAUGACCGCCCUCGUACGUCAUGAGGGAUUGCCGCAAAGCAGUGUGGGGAGUGUAGUCUGACCAAAAGGAAAAAAAAAAAAAAAAAAAAGUUUUAAAAGCGGAUAAAUUGUUUUUAUAAAAUACUUUAAACAGAGCCAGAGCCAAACAUUUAAACGAG